AUGAAGUCGCACCCUCCAGCGUGCGUGUCCAUUCCUGACGUGAGUAUUGAAGACCACGAUGCGCUUCUCGACCUUGCCCACCACGCGCUCAGCGACCUCAUUUUGAGUGCCCGCUUGGAGAACAAUAGCCGCCUGCCAUGGGCACCGCUGGCGUCGUACCCGUCCCAGACAAAAGUGUACACAGCAAACGACCCUCUGGUGCGGGACGCGUUCUAUGCGGGCGAAACAACUCUCGAGAUGGCGCUCGAGGACGCGAUUGCGUUCUUCCGAGUCGACGAGAGAGCCGAGUACCUCGACCACGCGCGCUUGUUGGCGCGCAAGGCGUCGAACGCGUGCAUAUUGAGCCCGCUGAGCAGCGGCAACUGCGACGACCCUUACCACUAUGUCGGGUUGCACUGGCUCGCGCUGCCACUGUCGUCGUCGAGCCUCUUUCACCAGCGCGAUAUCUGCUACCUUGAAGCCCACGACGCUUUCCAUCUGCAUGGCGCGCGCGGCUGGGCGUGUGUCGCGUCGUCCGUGCGGCUGCCUUGGUUUCCGUGCCUCGAGAUGAGUCACCAGUUGCUCCGCGCUACAAUGCGCCGGUCGGGUUACGUGCUCACAGAGCUCAGUCCAACGACGACCCGCGUCGUGCACGUCGUCAACGUCGACAUGGGCGGACACAUACCGUCGGUGCUUGUGGGCAAGAUGCUCAAGGCGCAAGCCGCGUCCGUGGCGCAGCUCGCGCAUCGCAUCCGGACGCGGGGUACGACGGUCGUGUCGCCACCAUCGACGCACUGCGCGUCGUGCCAUGCCAAGCUCCACUGCCUCAAGACCAAGGUCGAGUGCCAUCGAUGCGGCGACAUGGUCUGCAAGCGCUGCAUUCUCGUCAACGCCCAGUGUAAGAACUGCUGCUACGGCCACCCUGACCGCGUGCGGGCAUCAACGUCUCCGGACAACAAGGUCGGGCACCGCCAAACGAGCUCAUCGACGGUCAUCGCCGAGGAAGACAACGAGGGGGGUCACGACGACCUGUCUACGCUCCGAGUUGGCGCAGAGGCGCAACCAUUGCGCCGCACGUUCGUCCAAGGCCGUCGGAUCGACUGCCACGUCAGUGUCCCGCCGGCCAACGACGACGCGCCGCUCGACAUCUCGUGCGCCCAAUGCUUGGACGAUGCGUUCAAGUGCAUCACCGUCGGCUACCAAAUGACGUACUUCUACCGCCACGGUGAAGUGGACUCGUGCAAUGGCCGCUGGACAGACAUCCUGCGCUGCUUCCGCAUCAAGACGAUGAAGCCCACCGACGCCAAAGAGUACCUGAAAGGAUCCAACAUCGAUCCGGAGCGUGAGCCCCAUGUCGCGUCCGUCUGGAACCUCAAGCAGCGCCCGGGCUGGUAG